AGAAGACGAAGCAGUAAACAUACAUAGUGAGGAGAGAGAGAGAGAGAGAGAUGAAUAGAGUGUUGAAGAUAGCAGCGAUUGCUUCGUCAAAACGAAGCUCAGGCGUGAAUUUUCGAUUGAAUUUCCUCCAUAGUAGAAGAGAAUUUUGCUUGGGUGCCCUUCCCGAUGGAAUCGACCGGACUUCCGACUCGUUUCUUCGCAACUCAACUGCCAUGGAGCUUCUCAUAUCCGAUCUUCAAUCCCACGUUAACAAGGUUUUGGCUGGAGGUGGGCCUGAAUCCGUACAAAGACACAGGACAAGAGACAAGUUUCUUCCCCGAGAGAGAAUUGAUCGCCUCCUUGAUCCUGGCUCUUCUUUCCUUGAGCUUUCUCAGUUAGCAGGUCAUGAGUUAUAUGAUGAACCAUUAGCAUCGGGUGGAAUAGUCACUGGGAUUGGACCAGUUCAUGGAAGACUGUGUAUGUUUGUGGCAAAUGAUCCGACUGUAAAAGGAGGAACAUAUUAUCCAAUUACUGUUAAGAAACAUCUCAGAGCGCAAGAGAUUGCUGCACAAUGUAAUCUUCCAUGUAUAUAUCUGGUCGAUAGUGGAGGUGCAUUCCUUCCUAAACAGGCUGAUGUAUUUCCUGAUAAGGAAAAUUUUGGUAGAAUUUUCUACAAUCAAGCUGUAAUGUCUGCUGAAGGUAUUCCUCAAAUUGCUCUAGUUCUUGGUUCUUGUACUGCUGGUGGUGCUUACAUACCUGCCAUGGCUGAUGAAAGUGUCAUGGUUAAGGGAAAUGGUACUAUAUUUCUAGCUGGACCUCCUCUUGUGAAGGCUGCUACUGGGGAGGAAGUCUCAGCUGAAGAUUUGGGAGGUGCAGCUGUUCAUUGCAAGGUUUCUGGUGUUUCCGAUUAUUUUUCUCAAGAUGAAAUACAUGGACUUGCUAUCGGGAGAAAUAUCAUUAAAAACUUAAACACGGCUGGGAAUCGUGGGUUGAUUAAUAAUAGGUCAAUUGGAAGUGUCCCCGACUAUAAAGAGCCAUUAUAUGAUGUGAAGGAGCUCCGUGCAAUUGCACCGAUUGAUCUCAAGCAAUCCUUUGACAUCAGAUCAAUCAUUGCUCGGAUAGUUGAUGGAAGUGAAUUUGAUGAAUUCAAGAAACUGUAUGGAACUAGUCUAGUCACUGGCUUUGCUAAGAUAUUUGGACAGCCUGUGGGAAUUAUUGGCAAUAAUGGAAUACUGUUCAAUGAAUCUGCUCUUAAAGGAGCUCAUUUCAUUGAACUCUGUUCACAACGCAACAUUCCUCUAGUUUUCCUUCAGAAUAUAACAGGAUUUAUGGUCGGAUCAAAAUCCGAGGCAAAUGGAAUUGCAAAAUCUGGAGCCAAAAUGGUUAUGGCUGUUUCUUGUGCAAAGGUUCCUAAAGUCACUAUUGUAGUUGGUGGGAGUUUUGGUGCUGGAAACUAUGCUAUGUGUGGCCGUGCCUAUAGUCCAAAUUUCAUGUUCUUCUGGCCUAAUGCCAAAAUUUCAGUUAUGGGGGGUGCUCAGGCUGCUGGUGUGCUUGCUCAAAUCGAAAAGAGUAACAAGAAGAAACGAGGAAUCCAGUGGACAAAGGAAGAGGAGGAAGAAUUCAAGGCAAAAGUUACGGAGGCUUAUGAUAAGGAAAGUAGUGCAUACUACUCAACAGCAAGGCUAUGGGAUGAUGGGAUCAUCGAUCCAGCUGACACAAGGAAAAUCAUAGGUCUCUCUAUAUCUGCUUCCUUGAAUUCCCCACCCCAAAAUACAAAAUUUGGUGUUUUUAGAAUGUGAUUAUGAUGAACACAUAUGUUACUCUUUCAACAGAAUUGGCAGCCAAAGCUGUGGUCAUAAUAAAUUUGUCUGCUUAUUUUAUUGAAAACGCCUGAAUUGAAUUGCAGAUUGCACAUAAGAUUGUUUUAUUUAGCAAAUGGAGUUCAUUAUUU